AUGAAAAAGUUGGAAGAUCAGGCUGAGGCUGCUAUCAAGGCUCAAAAUGACGCCGAAGAAAAGGCGGAAUCUACUGAGGCCCUUCGGAAGGUUCUUGAGGCCGAAAAAAUAAAAGUCGAGGAAAAGGCGUCCCAGGCCCAGAAGGAACUUCAGAAUGCUCUUGCAACCAAAGACGCCGAAAUAAGAGAUACCGAUGAGAAGGCAUAUGCCCAGGGUAUGGCCGAUGUCACCGAAGCCUACGAAAAGCAACUUGAUGUUCCUGAGGACUCGCCUCUUCGGAAUGCUGACGCCAUUCCUCUUCCAUUCCCUCCAUCUCCACCUCCAAGUCAACACGUCGGCAAAUCUGAGUCUGAGGAUGAUGAUGAAGAUGAAGAUGAGGAUGAGGCCUUGAUGAGAAAAUCCAAGGAGGCUGCUGGGAACAAAUCCCCUUCUCUGAACGAGCAAGUCCUAGACUUGACUCAAGAUGAUGAGGGUGAGAAGGUUCCUAAAGAUGCUGCAGCUGAGAACGCAUCGGCCGACGUUCCCCUUGCUGUCAAGAGCUUCGAUGAGACCCUUGCGAAAAUUGACGCCGAGCUUAUGGCGGAUAAGGCUGCUGAGAUGUCUUCUCAACAAUCGUCUGAACUUCAAACUCAACCAACUGCUACUGCAGAGGAGUCUUAG